UCUGUUCCUGCUUUCAGAUGCAGUUGGUAUUCCUCAAUCAUGGUUUACAAGCUGCUUGCUAUACAGGUCAUGCUGCUGGCCGUCCGUUUUCUGCUAGUUUAGAAAUGUCUACAACAGUCGGUGGCACAGUGAUGGAUACCUGGAAGCCUCCUGCAGGACGAUUUCCUUUUCGAGACCUGAGUGGAUGCAGAGGCUCAGGUGGCGCUGUAAUGCCGGGUUCAGAGAUGCCCAGCGCAGAGCCCUGCUCUGUUGAACUGUGUUCUCUGUCUGCAGUCCUCGCUAAUGUCACAGCAUGUGGGCCCGAGGAGGUUUGCCAAGCGGACAACACGUGCGCUGCUCCUCCUCCGGUGGUGUGCACGGUGACGGGCUCCACGGUGAUUGGUUUCCACGGAGCAGUGCACUCUGUCCAGGAUCGCUGUGCCUACAGUCUGAUGGAGCCUGAAGGCAGCGCCAGCUUCAACCUCACGGCCGCCUUCAGGGAGCGCCAGCGUACAGAUGUUCCUCUUCUGGACCACCUGAUCCUGGUCGCUGCCAGGUUUCCCGUCCUCCAACAUGACUCUCUUUUCGAUGGCAACAGCGCACAUGUGGCAGGACUUCCUGAAGCUGUAGAGGGUUUGUGUGGCAGCCCCUCCAACUCCAGCUGGACCACCAGCCUGACUGCCGAGAAGUCCUCUGUCAGCCUCCCUGGCUGUGAGAUUCAAUCCCAGGACUCAGUCGACAGCACCAUCAACUGCAACCGCUCCACCGACCACUGUAAUCUCAUGAGGCAGCCUCCCUUCUCCGCCUGUCACGAGCACACCGACCCAGAGCCGUACAUCAGCGCCUGCACACACACUCUGUGCAGAUACCCGUCAGUGGAUGGGGUCGACUGCCACUUUUUGGAGGCUUACGCCAAGGCCUGCAGCCUGGAAGCCAAAGUGACCCUGGAGGACUGGAGGUCAACUUCUGGCUGCUCCCCCCCCCCUCUCUGUCAGCAGCCCUGCAGUGAUCAUGAGUUCUGUGGAGAGGAGUUAGGUUCGAGCCGCUGCUUCUGCAGGGCUCUGUUCGCCUCCAAGUACAACGCCACCAAGUCUUUCGGCGAUCCCACGGUCUGCAGGCAGGACUCGGCCUCUGUGGUUCUGGCUGGAUGUCUGCUGGCACAAAGCAUCGACUUCUCCACCUUACACCUCAAAGACCCCAGCUGCAAGGGCCACAUGGACCCCCAGAGCCACCUGGUGACCUUCAGCUUCAACAGCAGCGCCCCCUGCGGGACGGAGCUCAUGAGAAACAACAGCCAGAUCUUCUACGAGAACUCCAUCAUGUCCUCGAACAGCUCAUCAGGCGGAGUCAUCACCCGCAGCGACCAGUUCCAGAUCGACUUCUCCUGCAAGUACACACAGCCAGAGGUCAGGAGUGUGUCCUUCAGGAUCAAAGACAGCUCUGUGGUGCAGCAGCUUGUAUCUGGAGAGUGGAACUACACUCUGACGAUGAGCUCCUUCAGCGACGCCGGCCUCCUGCAGCCGGUCGGCCCGAACACGGAGAUCCUGCUGAACCAGACGGUCUGGCUGCAGCUGGAGGCGGUGGGGCUGGACGCCAACAUGGUCGCCAUGGUGACAGACUCCUGCUGGGCAACCAAUCAGGCAUCACCUGACAGUAAUCUGCGAUACGAACUCAUCAUCAACGGAUGUCCGAACCCUGCUGAUGAUACGGUGCAGAUGCAGGGAAACGGACAGGGAACGUCCAGCGUGUUCUCCUUCAACAUGUUCGAGUUCUCUGGAGCAAGCAGUGAAAUCUACCUGCACUGCAAACUGGAGCUGUGCCCCACACAGGGGCCAGGCCCUGCACUCCGAGCUGUGGGGGGGCAGGUCCGCAGGAGGCGCAGAUCUGCUAUAUACGCUGAUGGGAACGCGGCCCUCAUCACUAUGGGAUGGAGAAACUGA